AUGUCCGGCAUCGUCGAUCCCGCAACGGGCGAACCCCUUCCCGCCGGCGCCAUCCAGCGCGUCCUCUACGUGUGCCAUCCGGUCCACGUCUACGCAAUUCCGCCUUUAAUGUCCAUGAAGGGCUACACCGCCGCCGACUGGACCACUCCCGACCCCCGCAACGACGGCAAAACAAAGGAGAUAUUCACCGCGCGUCUGCGCAUUCUCGAAACCGCUAUCCCCGUCCCCGCCAGUCCACUCAUCAGGUCCGGACGACCGGCCACCAGUGCAGAAGAGCCGCAGGAAAAAGUGAAAACGGACAUAUUGCUGGAGGAUGUGAGCACCGGGGAUCUAUUCGCCGCUGCACCGUACACCGACGCCGGCGUCGUCGAGCACGUCAUUGAUUCGUCGCGAUUUUUCGCCUUACGGGUCGUUGGAGAAGGCAGGAAGGCGAUGUUGGGGAUUGGGUUUGAAGAUCGGAGCGAAGCGUUUGAUUUUGGCGUUUCGCUGCAGGAGGCGAGGAAGGUUCUGGGUUUUAAGCCCGUCGAUGGGGGUAAGAAUGUCGAGUCUCAGAAGGGCCCGAUGCUCUCCCAUGCUGCGGUUGGGAGGAGGCCGGGGGUUGCUCCGCCGAGAGGUAGGGUGUGUAUGUCGCCUGGGAUACGGCAGCAGCCGCCAAAGCCUCAAACGUCUCCAAGGCCUGUCGACGCCAAACCCAAGGAUUACAGUUUGAAACCGGGACAGACUAUCACUAUCGACAUGGGCGAUCGGCAACGGCCUGAACGGCCAUUUGCUAGCUCCCGACUUUCAGAUACUCCUACUCAAGAAGAUCGGAAUGCCCCCUUUCCUAUACCCCCGCCUCCUCCUCCUCCUGCUGCUGGUGCUGCAUCUUCCGGUAAUGGCCUUGACCAAAGCUCGUUCUUUAUUCCUCCACCCCCUGCAGCGAGAGACAGCCGGACGGAUCGACGCAGGAGACCGCUGUCAACUUUGGAACCCACCACGCAAGUCACCGAGCAGAAACACAGUUCUUCAGGAUUUGAUGACGAUGAGGAUUUUGGAGAAUUCCAAUGA